GGGCGCUCCGAGGCUAGAGGGAAGGAGAAGGGAUCAGGAGCGGGAGCUGAGGUUCUUCACUGCAAGCUACCAAACAAUGGGAAAGGCCCUCAAAGGCUCUCUGGUGCUUUCAGAACUGACUGCAGUUGGAGGAACAGGGGACACACUGCAGAAAAGAAAUUGGAUGAACCUUCGGGAUGCGGAGACAGGGAAGAUACUCUGGCAAGGAACAGAAGACCUGUCAGUCCCUGGAGUGGAGCAUGAAGCCCGUGUUCCCAAGAAAAUCCUCAAGUGCAAGGCAGUGUCUCGAGAAUUGAACUUCUCUUCAGCAGAGCAAAUGGAAAAAUUCCGCCUGGAGCAAAAAGUUUACUUCAAAGGGCAAUGCCUAGAAGAAUGGUUCUUCGAGUUCGGCUUUGUAAUCCCUAACUCCACGAACACCUGGCAGUCCCUGAUAGAGGCGGCGCCCGAGUCCCAGAUGAUGCCAGCCAGCGUGCUAACCAUGGCAUUGCUUUCAUCUCUCCUUUUUUUGGAAUGUGAACCUGGCUCCAUGAUGGGAAGAAAGACAUUUAACAGAGCAGACCGUAGGAUCACAGCUAUAUUUUACUCCAGAGAUCGACUGAUAGAUCUUGUGGUUCCUGAGUGCUUCAGUUGCUGCUUUCGAAGAAGGUGCAACAUACCUGAACAAGACCCAUGACCUUGACAUUUGUCUUUUAGAUGUGAUAUUUCGUGGUUCUCUUCCACAACAUACAUGCACCCUCUGCUUGUUUGUACUGUUUUUAACUUUUUCCCUUCUUUUAUAAUGUGCAUUUGUUCAAGAGGUUUCCAGAAAGGUUAGAAGUUCUAAGUUGGUAGAGUAAGGACUCUUAUUCCUAAAUGAGAAACUAGAAGUUACAAAAUGAAGAAAAUAUCUCCCUAAACUCAACUGGAGAACAAUGGGAAGGCAUCCAGGAUGGGGUGGGAUGCUGAGAGGCCUUAAAACCGGUGGUCAGAGGAAGCCCAUGUGGCAGAGAAGUAGUUAUAUCUGCAGUGCUUCCAAGUCUGACAAAAGAGAGAAAACUAAAAAGGGCUCUCUUCAGGAACUUCCCUCUGAGCUACCAGUAGCCUUCACUGUCCUUUAUAAAAUACCAAUAAUUAAAAGUUUUCUGGUUCCUCCGGUAGUAAGGUCUGAGUCCAGAGGAGGGAAACUACACUGAGAGAUGGGCUCUCCUUGGUGUAGCCCCGGCUCCUAGAUUUCCUGCUCUCCUUCCCUCUGUUACCGCAAAGGGCCUGUUUGCAUAUGUGGGUGGGGAGGAGAAGCAGUACAUUUUUAGUAUACUAUUGCCAUCUUUCAGUGAUGACUCCAUUCU